AUGAAUCAAGAACACACCGUAAUUAACAUCGAUUCAGACGAUAUUAGAAAUGAAAAUGAAGAAGUAGAUCCAUCUUCUAAAAAACAAUCAGUCAAUUUUGAAGCGAUAGAAUCUUCUUUGCGAGAAAGUCCAUUGCAAAUUGAUUUUAGAACGGAAUAUGAUCAGGAAUUUGCCUUUAUUAAAACCGUCAUCCAAAUGGGAUUUUUUAAUGAAAAUAUAUUAUUUUAUGAAGAUAAUAAAUUAAAAUUAUUUUCUCGUUCUACCAAAGGUGAUGAUUUUAUGUUCAAUUUAAUGGAUCCGUAUAAUUUCUAUAAUGUCAACGAUAUAACCAGAAUAUAUAAAGAAUAUUUAUCCAUUGGACCAAAUUAUUUUCAGAAAUUUCAAAUACAGAACAACAAACUCAUAGCAGUAACAAAUUUUUACUGCCGUAUUUAUAAUAUUUUUGAUAAAGAAACAAAAUUUAGUUAUAAACACUUAAAAAGUUUAAGUGAAAACAUUCAAACUCUCACACAAGAAAAGUAUGAAGUAUCAACUAAGAAUAGUACACUUAAAACUGAAUCAGAAUACGAAGGAUCAAUUAAGUGGAUUGUUAAUUAUAUAAAUAGUGUCAAUCCUCAUUUGCAGUUUGAAGCUAAGUCAGAUGCUAAGCUUGAAGCUAAAUCAGAUGCUAAAGAAGUUUACAUCUACAAUAUAAUUUCAUAUGAUUUCUUAAGAAAUGAGGAUUUACUUUUAAUAACUGAAGAUGGUGUUUAUAUAUAUUCAUUAGAUAUGCAUGGAAAAAUCCAUGAAAAAUUCAAUAGUAAAUUUUUUAUAGAUAAGGAAAAAAAUAUAUUUUUGGCAGAAUUAAUUUAUAAUAGAUAUGUUGAACUUUAUAAGCAAACUUCCCUUACUAAUUUGCAAUUAUUAGAACCUAUUGUAUAUCAUUUAUUAGAUUUAAAUACCUUUAGUCCUUCAACCGAAGCUGAGGAAAAUGAAAAACAAAGUUUGAAUCAAAUUUCUAUUUACAAAUAUAUUAAAAACCUUUUAAAGAAAAGAAAAUCUCAAUCUACUAUCAACCUGACUGUACCCUUUCCAAAUAUAUGUGUUUAUUCAGAGAAAUAUUUAUUUUGGAAAGAGUUAUUAUAUAAACCUGAGGCCAGUUUAUUUAUCAAGAUGGAA